AUGCCCGAUGCCUUUGCUGCCAGCAAGGAGGGGGUAGCAGUGUGGCAAAGCCUGCUGAGCCGGGAGCUUGGGGCGGCAGCUGGGGCACUGGCAGGCCUGGAAUCCCAGCCUGGUGGCCCAGUGACCUGGCAGCCUGGAGUCCAGGGCUGCUGUGUGGAGCUGCUGCUGCUGCUGCUGGCCGGGGAGCUGCCCCUGGGUGGCGGCUGUCCGAGGGACUGUGUGUGCUACCCCUCGCCCAUGACGGUCAGCUGCCAGGCGCACAACUUUGCCGCCAUCCCCGAGGGCAUCCCGGAGGACAGUGAGCGCAUCUUCCUGCAGAACAACCGCAUCACCCUCCUCCAGCAGGGCCACUUCAGCCCCGCCAUGGUCACCCUGUGGAUCUACUCCAACAACAUCACCUUCAUCGACCCCAACACCUUUGAGGGCUUUGUGCACCUGGAGGAGCUGGACCUUGGUGAUAACCGGCAGUUGCGGAUGCUGGCACCAGAGACCUUCCAGGGCCUGGUGAAACUUCAUGCCCUCUACCUCUACAAAUGUGGGCUCAGCGCCCUGCCCGUGGGCAUCUUUGGCGGCCUGCACAGCCUGCAGUACCUCUACCUGCAGGACAACCACAUCGAGUACCUCCAAGAUGACAUCUUUGUGGACCUGGUCAACCUCAGUCACCUGUUCCUCCAUGGCAACAAGCUGUGGAGCUUGGGCCAGGACACAUUCCGGGGCCUGGUCAACCUGGACCGCCUGCUGCUGCAUGAGAACCAGCUGCAGUGGGUACACCACAAGGCCUUCCAUGACCUCCACAGGCUGACCACCCUCUUCCUUUUCAACAACAGCCUCUCCGAGCUGCAGGGAGAAUGCCUGGCACCCUUGGGGGCCCUGGAGUUCCUCCGCCUCAAUGGGAACCCCUGGGAUUGCAGCUGCCGGGCGAGGUCCCUGUGGGAAUGGCUGCGGAGGUUCCGAGGCUCCAGCUCUGCUGUCCCCUGCGUGUCCCCCGAGCUGCGACAAGGCCAGGACCUGAAGCUGCUGAGAGCUGAGGACUUCCGGAACUGCACGGGGCCAGUGUCCCCGCAUCAGAUCAAGUCGCACACGCUCACCACCACGGACAGGGCUGCCCGCAAGGAGCAUCACUUGCCCCGGGACAAGGGCCAUCUGCCUGGCUCGAGGUCCAGCUCCAGGAAGCCAGGCAAGAACUGUACCAGCCACAGGAAUCGCAACCAGAUCUCGAAGGCCAGCGUUGGCAAACAGGCCCACGAGCUGCAGGACUAUGCCCCUGACUACCAGCACAAGUUCAGCUUUGACCUGCUGCCCACCACAAGGCCCAAGAGGAAGGGCAAGUGUGCCCGCAGGACCCCCAUCCGUGCGCCCAGUGGGGUGCAGCAGGCCUCCUCGGCUGUGUCCUUGGGGGCCUCGCUCCUGGCCUGGAUACUGGGGCUGGCAGUCACUCUGCGCUGA